GAUUUCAUGAUCCAGGGCGGCGAUUUCACAGCCGGCGACGGGACAGGAGGAGAGUCCAUUUACGGGCAAAAAUUCAAGGACGAAAAUUUCAAGCUCAAACAUACGGAGCCCGGCCUCCUUUCUAUGGCCAACGCGGGCCCCAAUACGAAUGGGUCUCAAUUUUUUAUUACUACCAAAGAUACACCCCAUUUAGACGGUCGCCAUGUUGUCUUUGGAAAGGUAAGAAACGGGGAGGAAAGCGUGAUUGAUGGAGCCUGA